AUGCUCAAUGUGGAUUCUCCUGUGGCGUGUGGGUGGAAUGCGGGGAGCGGGCUGAGGGCAGCGAGGCGGCCAGAGGUGCAGCCGUCCGUGUGGUUUGUGGCGCUCCGCGCGUGCUGCUCGCUGCGCCGAGUCACCUGCCUCUUCCUCCUCUACCUCCUCGUCGUGAUACUACUGUAUGAAAUCGGGGGAGUGGGGCACAUGUGUCCAUCGGAUCUCUCCUGCGAGUUCCCCACAGAGGGCAUGUUCUGGGACCACCCCAUCCAGCCCCACAGGCCCCCUCGCGUCGAGGAGGAGGCGUACGUGGCAGGGGGGCAUCUGUUGGUGCAGGACACGGGGGAGGGCCCUGAGAAGCCUGAUAGCUGCGUGGAGCUCUGUAGAAAUGUGCCCGAAUGUGCCUUCUGGAUGUACGACAUGAGCACCCCCAAAGGCUACUGCAAGCUGUGGGCGUCAGACCAGAACCCCUGUGAAGCACGCGGAUGGGUGUUACUAGGCCGAGCGGCACACUUUGCGCAGCGGUGGCUGGUGCGGAACCAGUAUGUGGUGGGGGGGUACUGUCGCACAGUGGAGACUCUGGAGGAGAAGCGGAGGAAGAGGAACGCGCCGCCACCGCCCCCGCCGCCACCGGAGGAGGAGGAGGAGGCGAAAAGGCUGGCAGAGGAAGACAUUGCCUUGCAAACCAACGAGUGUCCCAAGCUCACGUGUAACACGGUAACGCGUGGCUACAUGUUUGACCACGAGGGCAAGGGCCAUUUCAACUUCACCUACACGGGCAUCGGCCCUGCCCGCCCGCACACGUGCUACCUGCUGUGCCGGCGAACCCCCGGGUGUGCCUUCUGGAUGUAUAAUAUGCGAUCGAAACGAGGGGCGUGCAAGAUGUGGACGAGGGAGCAGAACCCGUGUGAGCCCACAGACGCAUUUGACUCCACCACUGCACACUACGUGGCGAAGCGGCCCACGGGGUCGUUUGUGAUUGGUGGGAACUGUGACAAGCUGCCGCCCAUGAAGGCUGAUCCACAUGCAAGGCAGGCACAGAUGGCGCAGCAGCAGCAACUGGUGCAUCAAUAG